GAGGAAAACUCACCCCGCGCUCCGACUUCGCCCCGACGCGUCUGAGGUAGACCGCCAACAUGCAGGUGUCGUUCGCCUGCACCGACCACAACCUGAAGGCCCCGCGGAAUGGGGACGGGCACGGGAAGGGCACCGCCACCAGCCCCAGCACGGCCGGCGCCGCCCGGGCCCGGUUCCGCACCGUGGCGCUGAUCGCCCGCAGCCUGGGCUCCUUCACCCACCGGCACCACAUCUCCCUCAAGGAGUCCACCGCCAAGCUCACCGGCAUGAAGUACCGGAACCUGGGAAAGUCAGGAUUGCGGGUCUCCUGUUUGGGUCUCGGAACUUGGGUGACAUUUGGCGGCCAGAUUUCAGAUGAGGUGGCAGAGCGGCUCAUGACCAUCGCCUACGAGAGCGGGGUCAACCUCUUCGACACGGCAGAAGUGUACUCUGCGGGAAAGGCUGAGAUAACCCUGGGAAACAUUAUCAAGAAGAAAUGCUGGAGGAGGUCGAGUCUGGUCAUCACCACCAAGCUGUACUGGGGGGGAAAAGCAGAGACAGAGAGAGGACUCUCCAGGAAGCACAUCAUUGAAGGACUGAAAGGCUCCCUCCAGAGGUUGCAGUUAGAAUACGUGGACGUCGUGUUUGCCAAUCGUCCUGACAACAACACGCCCAUGGAGGAGAUCGUGAGAGCCAUGACCUAUGUGAUAAACAUGGGGAUGUCCAUGUACUGGGGCACCUCACGGUGGACAGCUAUGGAGAUUAUGGAGGCGUACUCGGUGGCGAGGCAGUUUAACCUGAUCCCGCCCGUGUGUGAGCAGGCAGAGUAUCACUUCUUCCAGAGGGACAAGGUGGAGGUGCAGCUGCCCGAACUCUACCACAAGAUAGGUGUGGGCGUGGUCUCCUGGUCUCCGCUGGCCUGCGGGAUCAUUACGGGGAAGUAUGAAAACGGUAUCCCAGAAUCCUCCAGGGCCUCCAUGAAGAGUCAGCACAUAUGCAGGGACCCCCACCCCCCCGAUUCCCCCCGCGUGAUCUGA